AUGCCCAGCGCCGAGCCCGAGCACGGCCCCGCAGAGCCCCAGGCGCCGGCCGCCGCGGAGUCGCUGCGCCGCGGCCGCCGGAGGAAGGUCAAGCAGGAGGAGACGCCGGAGAAGAAGGUGAAGCGGCAGGUGAAGGCGAAGCGGCGCGGUAAGGCUGAGGCCGAGCAGGCGCAGCCCGAGGAGAGCGGGCUGGGGGACGGCGACUUCGAGCCCCCCGUGCCCAAGAAGACGAAAAAAGUCAAGGAGAAGAGCAAUGGUUUGGUCGGAGAGAGCGACGCGUCCCAGCGCGCGGUGAAAUCUUCCUCCGCUGUGAGCGGCAGCGUGACAUCCCCGGCUGCCGGAGAGCCGGACGGCGACGCCGAGGAGCUGACAGAAGAAGCAAAAGAAGGCGCUUUUUCUAAUUUUCCUCUCACACAAAACACUAUAAAACUUCUCACAGCUCGAGGUGUAAAAUACCUGUUCCCUGUGCAAGUGAAAACUUUCCAGCCCAUAUAUGAUGGCAAAGACGUCAUCGCUCAAGCGCGAACAGGAACUGGGAAAACCCUUUCCUUUGCUCUUCCACUGAUUGAAAAACUUCAGAGCGUCGCACAGGAUGGGAGAAGAGGCCGUGCACCAAAAGUGCUGGUUCUUGUCCCAACCAGGGAACUGGCCAUUCAGGUAGCCAAAGACUUCAAGAAUUUCACAAAGAAACUGUCAGUUGCUUGUUUUUAUGGAGGAACUCCAUAUUACGAACAGCUUGAUCUCCUUAAAAGUGGCAUCGAUAUUCUAGUGGGAACUCCUGGCCGUAUCAAAGACCACAUUCAGAACAGCAAGCUGCAGCUGUCCAGCGUGAAGCACGUUGUUUUGGAUGAAGUGGAUCACAUGUUAGACAUGGGCUUUGCUGAACAAGUGGAAGAAAUCUUGGGAUCGUCCUAUAAGAAAGGCUCCGAGAACAACCCGCAGACACUGCUGUUUUCUGCAACUUGUCCACGAUGGGUUUAUGAUGUAGCGAAAAAAUACAUGAGAGAAGAGUAUGAGCAGAUUGACCUGAUUGGAAAGAAGACUCAAAGGACAGCCACAACUGUGGAACACUUGGCUAUACAGUGUCGCUCAUCUCAGAGAGCAGGAGUUCUUGGGGACAUCAUUCAGGUCUACAGUGGCAGCCGUGGGCGGACCAUUGUCUUCUGUGAGACCAAAAAGGAGGCAAAUGAGUUGGCUAUGAAUGCUUCACUCAAGCAGGAUGCCCAGUCCUUGCAUGGUGACAUUCCACAGAAGCAGAGAGAAAUUACAUUGAAAGGCUUCAGAAGUGGUGUGUUUGAAGUGCUGAUUGCAACAAAUGUAGCUGCCCGUGGUUUGGAUAUUCCUGAAGUUGACCUUGUUAUACAGUGCUCACCACCAAAAGAUGUUGAUUCCUACAUCCAUCGCUCUGGACGCACAGGUCGAGCUGGCCGGACCGGCAUCUGCAUUUGUUUAUUUCAGAGAAGAGAAGAAGAUCUUCUGAAACAAGUUGAGCACAAAGCGGGUAUUACCUUUAAGCGUGUAGGCGUUCCUUCUGCUACAGAUGUAAUUAAAGCUUCAAGUAGUGAUGCCAAAAAGUUGCUGGAGGCCGUUCCUCCCUCUGCAGUAGACUACUUCAGAAAAUCAGCGGAAGAGCUGAUAGAUGAGAAGGGGGCGGUGGCUGCCCUGGCUGCAGCCCUGGCACACAUUUCUGGGGCAGCUCACAUCCAGCAGCGCUCCCUGCUCAACUCAACAGCUGGCUUUGUGACCAUGGUGUUGAAGUGUUCCAUAGAGAUGCAUACCAUGGGCUAUGCCUGGCGGGGGCUGAAGGAGCAGCUCGGGGAGGAAGUCGAUAACAAAGUGUCUGCAAUGUGUUUCCUCAAGGGGAAGAUGGGCGUGUGCUUUGAUAUCCCUGUUGAUGAACUGAGUAAUAUACAGGAGCAGUGGAGGGACACGCGGCGCUGGCAGCUGUCCGUGGCAAGUGAGUUGCCUGAGCUGGAAGAAUAUCCCAAGGAGGCGGGACGAGGGUUCUCCAGGUUCGGAAACAGCAGGCAAGGAGACCUCAAGAGAAACAGCUGGUUCAAGAGUGGAAAUCGGGGACUUUAACAGAACACUCGGUGAACCUCUGCUACAGAUAAUGGGACUGAGCUGAAUUUUAUGAGACAGUAAAAGCCUGUUAGACACUC